GGUGCUGCUGUCUGCUCUCUCCGGUUUCUCCGAACUCCGGCGGAAACCAGAGAACCCCUCUCUCUCUCUCUCUCGCUGACGUCAUCGGCCUACGGAGCAAGCAGAGUCGCCGGCGAACGAUGGACGCAGUACUCUCUCCGUCGCUCUCGCCGUCCCGCCCUCGCCUCCGCUCCGCCGCUUGCCUGAUUCGUCCGCCGCCGCCGUCCGUCGUUCCGGCCUCCGGGCUCGGCCGUCUCCUCCCCAAUCCGGCUUCGGUCUCCGCGAAUCGGGUUCCAGGUCUCUGCAAAUCCCCCGCCGUCGCCGCCAGCGGCACCCUCACGGCUAAUCCCGUGCCGCCAAAAAGUAGCGUAUACACAGUUGGUGACUUCAUGACAAGAAAAGAGGAUCUGCAUGUGGUAAAGCCAUAUACAACUGUAGAUGAAGCAUUGGAGAUGCUUGUGGAGAACAGAAUCACUGGUUUUCCUGUAGUUGAUGAUGACUGGAAAUUGGUUGGUCUUGUUUCUGAUUAUGAUUUGUUAGCUUUGGACUCUAUAUCAGGUGGUGGGCGAGCUGACAACAGCAUGUUCCCUGAAGUUGACAGCACAUGGAAAACCUUCAACGAAGUGCAGAAAUUGCUCAGCAAGACCAAUGGCCAAGUGGUUGGUGAUUUGAUGACACCGGCUCCUGAAGUUGUCCGUGAGACCACAAAUCUCGAGGAUGCUGCCAGGAUAUUGCUUGAAACAAAAUAUCGUCGACUUCCAGUUGUAGAUGCUGAGGGAAAGCUGGUCGGCAUCAUCACAAGAGGGAAUGUUGUAAGAGCUGCCCUUCAAAUAAAACAUGCCAAUGAAGUGUAAGCGAAGUACCUGUUGAUCAAUUGAAGCAUUUGAGGAAACUGGGGUUGGAAAGGAGGAUUGGUUUUCUCUCGCAGGUUGAAAAGCAAUGCUGCUUCUAUUUAUCAAGUUUUGCUUUGUAUGACGGGAACUGACCUGAUUGGAAUCGUAUAAA